AUGAGUCAAAUAGCAAAUCAUUUAAGAGAUAGCUAUAUGGAACAUCAUCAGAUUCACAACAACAACCAUAUCUCUGGAGGAGAUUCGUUUGAUUUGGAAGAAAAUGAAAAGGAAAACACAAUUACAUAUUCUUCAAGAGUCCCACCUCCAGAGACUCAUGUGAUGAAAUCCAAAAUUAAUCAAAAUAAAACAAGAAUACUUAAAUCGUCAAUCAAUUCGAUCUUAGCUCAAAAAGGGGAAAAGGCAAAAAUAUUAUUAAAGACUCCAUCGAUAGAAAAUGAGACUCAACCUAGAGGAGAGGAGAAAAGGGCACCUCACUCUGGGGAGCAAGAGAAAAAAGAAAAUGCUGGUAAUGGAACUUCUUCUGGUGCUGCCGCUGCUGCUGCCACCACUACUACUGCUGCCGCUGCUUCUGCGCCUUCUAAUAAACUUAUUAAUGAUUUACAAAAUAAUGGUAGAAACUCAAUGAACAAAUUACAAUUUCUUUUCUAUCAAAUGGUCUUGAUAGUUUGUUUCAUCUAUUACGGUACAUUUAGGUAUUUCCAAUUCAAUUUCAACACGACAAAAUUGAAAUUAUUGUCGAUUGUCUAUAACCCAUCACAUACCCCACAAUUGAUUAGACAAGACGUUAAUAAACUUUCCAAAAUCCCCAAGAGAUUGGCGGCUAUCUUAGAGAUGAAAUCUAUCGGCGAUAUCGAUGGCGGGAUUAAUGGGUUACUUAACGACGGCAGUGAGGUGGUUUGUUGGACCAUCUCUGCUGGGAUCAAACAUUUGAUUUUGUACGAUUACGAUGGGGUCUUAAAGAAAAACAUCAAUCUAUUCAGACAAGAGAUUCACAACAACUUGACCAACUAUUAUGGACCAAAGGAUCUACCCAAGUAUUGUAUCAAAAUACCACACUUAAAUAAAUUGUACUAUAAUAAUGUCACAGAUGAUGAAGGGUUAAAAGACGAAGAGGAAAAUAAAAAAGUGUCCAUUGAAAUCACUUUACUAUCUGUAAGAGAUGGUAGAGAAACAAUAGUGGAUUUAACAAAGACUAUGAAUGAAUUAUAUUUGCACAAGAAAUUGCAAGAAAAGGAAAUCACCAUGGACUUAAUUAAUAACGAACUGAUUCAAUUGGUGGGUCAUGAACCAGACCUUUUGCUAUAUUUCGGGCCAUCCUUGGAUUUACAAGGUUUCCCACCUUGGCAUAUCAGAUUGACUGAAUUCUAUUGGGAAACAGAUAAUAACGAGGUCUCGUAUCUUGUUUUCAUACGAGGAUUGAAAGAGUAUUCUAAUUGUAAGAUAAACUUGGGCAAAUAA